AUGGAUUAUAAGCGAAAAAUACAUGAUGGGAAAAAUAAAACUAUUGUUAAUGAUUUAAUAUCAAUGAGUAUUAUUAAUGAACCAUUAAUGAUUGUUCUUGAUAAUGAUGAUGAUAGUAAUGAUGAUGAUAGUGAUGAUGUUAAUGAUAAAUAUGAAUUUAUCGAUUUAACAACAUCAUCAACAACAAUAACACAGACCAAUUCAAAUAAUAUUUUAUUAAAUGAAAAAAAUCAACAAAAAGAAGAAAUUAUUACACAGACAAUUUCAACAGAAGGUGAACAAUUACAAAUAGAACUAACAGAUUGCAAUCAUUCUUUAGUGAAUACAUCAAAAAAUACAUCAAAAAUUUUUCGUCAUUCUUCAAAAACUUCGAACAAAUUAACAAAAUCAAAUAGAUCUAUUCGAAAUAUUGCUAUUGAUACAAAUUUUAUGCGACAAAAAACUCAUCAACCACAACGAACUAAACCUGUACCUAAACGUAAAAAAGUAUCUACAUCUAAUUCAAUUGAUAAUCACAAAGAUUUUUCUAUUGAUGAUCAUCCUAUUGAUUGUAUACUAUCACAUAUUUCAUUUGAACAAUCUACUAUAUUAACUAUUUCACGUAUGGGUUCAAUAUAUUAUUGUGUUGAAGAUCUUUAUAUAAAAGCAUUUUCAUCUUUAUGUACAUUCGAUGAAUUUAUAUAUUUAUUAGAAGGUAUCGAUAGAAAUAUUCUUAAAACAGUAACAUUAUCAGAAAAAAUAUCUAUUGAACAACAAAAUCCUCUUUUAAAAACAUUUAAUCGUACACGUUAUCAUCUUUUAACAAUAAAUUCAUUUGAUUAUAUAACUAAAUUAAAACAAUUAUUAAAUAAAUAUGAAAAAUCUAUUGAAAAAAUCUUUAAUGAAAUGCCUAGUCAUAAACAAACACCAAUGUCUAUUCCGUUAAACAAUAAAAUUUCAACAUCAUCAAUAUCUACAGAACAUAUGGAAACUAAUAACAAUAACGAACAGUCUAAAUAUUUAACAACUUCAAAAGAAAAACAACAAUUAAAUGAAUUAUCUCAAUUUGGAAUUUUUAUUCCACAUAAUAAUCCUGGUAAUUGUAAUAGAAAUUCAACAAAUGAAACGUUAUCAUCAAUAUCUAUUCCAGAUAUGAAUUCAAAAAUUAUAGCAAAAUCUGCAUUAAAAAAAAGACUCAGUAAUAAUAAUAAUAAUAAUAAUGAAUUUCAAUCAGAACAAAAUUCAAAUAAUAAUUUAACACAACAUUCACAUAACAUAUCUGAAAAUUGUUCGUCUUCAUUAAUUCCAAAUACUCCAUUAAAACAAAAUAUUCUUAAUUCAUUGGAUAUUGAUACAAAUCAUUCAUCUAUUCCGAAAAAUUCUUCAUUAAUAUCACCAACAACUAAUUUACUACAUCAUUUACGUCGUUCAAAAUCUAUGGCAUAUAAUAAAAAACAAAUUAAAAGACUUUCUUCUCGUUCAUCUAGUUUACCAUCAGUUAAAUUUCAUGUUAAAGAUAAUAUUAUAUUAAAAUCUUCAUUAACAACAAAAAAACCAAUUGAUUUAAUUGAUGAUAAUUAUAGAAUGCCAUUAAUUGUUAAUGUUGAAGAAAAUGUUGAAAUUAAUAAUCAAAAUAUUAAAAGUGAUGAAAAACUUCUAUCAUAUUCUCAACAAUCAUCAAUAAAUAAUACAAUGUCGUCUAUAUUACAAAAAAAAUCUAUUCCAUCGUCUGAUCAUAAUAUAUUUCGAUCUUCAUCGUUAUAUUUAAAACCAAUAACAUAUGAUGUUUAUUAUGAAAAAACUUAUCCAUCUUCAUCAUCAUCAUCAUAUGAAAAACCAAAAGAAUUACUUUCUAAUCAUGAAAAUGUGCAAUCAAAAUUAAUAUCAAUAUUAAAUAAUAAUCUUUCUCAAACAAAUUUAAAUUCAUCUUCUUCAACUAUGAUACCAUUCGUACAACAACGAAUUAAUAAUAAUAAUAAUAGAAAUGAUAAUAGCUAUUCAUUAAUAUCCGAACAACAACCAGUAUCGAUACCAUGUUAUUUACCUUGUUGUUCUGGUCAAUUAACAGACGAUAAAUUUUCUAUAUCAAAAAAUAUUUCUUCAAAUCAACGAAUGAUUCAUUCACAAUAUACAGUUUCACCUUCAUUAAAAUGUAAUCUUUCACAAACAUUAAAAAAUUCUAAUUCAUCAUCAUCAUUAUUAUCAUUAUCCAAUAGUCGAAAACUACGUCGAUUUCAAACAAAUCCAUAUCCAUCAUCAAAACAUUUUUUUCCUCAAACAUCUAUUCCUUCACAUUAUUCUCAAAAUUCAUUUAUCAGUGAAGUUCAAUCUAAACCAAAUAUUUAUCAUACAGUAUCACCAAAUAUUAUACAAAAUUGUGCUACAAUAAUAAGUCCACCAAAUACACCUAAUGGAUUAACAUUACCAAGUACAUUUUUUGGAAGUAUUGAUAUAUCACAAGCUAUUGUUAAACAUAGUCCUAUUGAUAUGGAUAAAAUACCAAAACUUGUUGUAAGACAUACAAAAACAUAUUUAAAUAAAAAAAUUGAUACUAUGGGACAAUUAUUUCCAACAUGGUUUAAUGAACCAGAUUAUCGUUGUAUACAUUGUUUUACAUGUGAUCAAGUAUUUACGCCACAACAAUUUAUGACACAUGUUGAUGAUGAACAAAUGAUAAAUAUACAACCAUUACAUAUGACAUCAAUACAAUUAUUAACAUCAGAAAAAUUAUCAGAUUAUAAAGUUGCAUUAUGGAAUGAAUUUUGUACAAAUCUAACUAAUUAUGCAAGUAAAUUUGCUGAAUUAGGAAAAAAGAAAUGUACAAAGAAUCACUGA